AUGGCCAUAAAAAACACCAGCUCUAAGAAAUACCUCCAGCUGCUCCUUCUUCAGGUUGCCCUGCUAGGGCCUGCCUUCUGUGGGAACGUGUUGAUCUGGCCAACAGAAGGCAGCCACUGGCUGAACGUGAAGAUAGUUAUACAGGAGCUCAUCCACCGCGGGCACAAUGUUUCCAUCCUGGUAUCCAAUGCUUCCCUCUUCAUUAAGCCCAGGGCUGAGGCUGUGGGGAAGUUUGAGGUCUAUAAUGUGCCCUUCAAGAAAGACACCACUGAGAACUUGAUCAAGGAUAUAGUGGCACUGUGGCUGAAUAACAGGCCAACCACCUUGACGUUCUGGCAGUUUUACAAGGAGCUGGGAAAACUGUCCAAAAACUGGCACCAGAUGAACAGGCUAAUGUGCGAUGCAGUGCUAACCAACCAAGAACUGAUGGGCCACUUGCAGAGGUCUAGCUAUGACCUUCUGCUGUCAGACCCAGUGACUCUCUGUGGGGACCUCCUGGCUCUCAAGUUGACCAUCCCAUUCAUCUACUCGCUGCGCUUCUCCCCAGCCUCCACUGUGGAGAGGCACUGCGGCAAGAUCCCAGCCCCACCAUCCUAUGCGCCCGCAGCCCUGUCCGAGCUCACCGACUGCAUGUCCUUUGGUGAGAGAAUAAAAAACAUUGUGUCCUACCACCUGCAAGACUACGUUUUCCAGAGCUACUGGGGAGAAUGGGAUACCUACUAUAGCAAAAUCUUAGACAACAGCCACUGGCUGAACAUGGAGUACAUACUCCAGGAGCUUGUGGUCCGGGGCCACAAAGUGACCGUGCUGAUGCCUUCAUGCUUCCUCAUCUUCAACCACACACAGCCCUCACCCUUCCAGUUUGAGGUGGUUGAGGUGCCAAUCACCAAAAAGGAGAUGGAUACCUUGUUGCAAGAAUCUUUCGAUUGUUUCUUUUACAAGGAGAGAGACCUAUCUGCCUGGGAAACUGUUCACAAGAUAGCUCAGCUGGUGUACAACAUGAAGAAUGUAACCAGAAUAAUUUGUGAUGAAGUCCUGAAGAAUGAGGUGCUGCUGGAGAGACUCAGGGCAUCUACCUUUGAUGUCCUCUUGGCAGACCCACUGUCACCCAGUGGGGAGCUGUUUGCUGAGAAGCUGGGUAUCCCCUUUGUGUACACCAUCCGCUUCUCCCUAGGCAACACAUUGGAACGGCUCUGUGGGGCACUCCCAGCACCUCCUUCCUACGUACCAGCCACCCUAACUGGCCUAACAGAUAGGAUGUCCUUCCUGGAAAGGCUAAAAAACAUCUUUGCCUACACCAUACAGGAUAUCAUCUAUCAUAUCAUUAUCUGGGGAAGCUGGGAUCAAUACUACAGUGAUGUUUUAGGAAGACCCACAACCCUGUGUGAGACGAUGGGGAAAGCAGAAAUAUGGUUAAUCAGAACAUACUGGGAUUUUGAAUUUCCACGCCCUUUUCUGCCCAACUUUGAAUUCGUUGGAGGACUUCACUGCAAGCCUGCAAAGCCAUUACCAAAGGAAAUGGAAGAAUUUGUUCAGAGCUCAGGGAAACAUGGCAUCGUGGUAUUCUCUCUUGGGUCGAUGAUCUACAACUUAACUGACGAAAAAAGUAAUGUGAUUGCCAAAGCCCUCAGCCAGCUUCCACAAAAGGUCCUCUGGCGGUACAAAGGAAAAAAACCAGAAACUCUGGGCUCCAACACCAGGAUUUAUGACUGGAUACCCCAAAAUGACCUGCUUGGCCAUCCCUUGACGAAGGCCUUUAUUACUCAUGGUGGGACCAAUGGGAUCUAUGAAGCUAUCUACCACGGUGUCCCAAUGGUUGGGAUUCCUCUAUUUGCAGACCAGCAUGACAACAUUGCUCACAUGAGGGCAAAGGGAGCUGCAGUUGAGUUGGAUUUCAGCACACUGAAGACACAGGACCUAGUUGAUGCACUGAAUACAGUCAUUAACAAUUCCACGUAUAAGGAAAAUGUUCUAAGGUUAUCCAGGAUACACCACGACCAGCCAGUUAAGCCUCUGGACAGAGCUGUCUUCUGGAUUGAAUUUGUCAUGCGUCACAAAGGAGCAAAGCACUUGAGACCAGCUGCUCACAAUCUCACCUGGUACCAGUACCACUGCCUGGAUGUUCUGGCAUUCUUGUUCACCUGUACAGCCAUUGCUAUCUUCAUUCUUGUCAAGUGUUGCUUAUUUUGCUGUAGAUGUGGCAGGGUUGCAAAGAAGAAGAAAGAAUAGACAUUCUGUUCCCCUCAGCACUUUUUCUUAUCCUAGGCUGAUUCUGCAAGGCAUUUAUGCACAUUCCUUGGUGAAUAAAAUUAUUAGGAUAUGCUUUAAGCUGCAUGUGUCAUGAAGAAUCCUGUUGAACUGAGUCAUGCUAAAAAGCUGUUGUGGGGCAGAGCUGCUUGCUUAUGACCAGCAAAAUCCUCUUUGCCUAAGUAAGAUUGAAUUAUAGUUGCUUUAUUCCCUGGGACCCUGUUAGCUGAUGACACAUGGUUCCUAGAAUGGUUAAUUGUUGCUUUAACUUUUCAAAUUCAUUUUGGUGUAUUUCAUAAAUCCAGCCUUCAAGUCACACAGGCUUGAUGAUUCACAACCAAAAUGCCUCUCCUGUCAAAACAGCUCUCUCCUGAUUGGACAGUGAAGCUAAGGUCAUGGGCUCCCAUCUGAAUGCCCAAAAUCCAGAAAAACUGAGAGCUGCAAGUGGCUGGUGAAGCCUGCACCAUUACAUUUUUCAAAUGCACUAACUACUUGGGGGCUGAGAGGAGACCAGAGUCCAACAGAGAAAUUACUUUUCUGAGAACCAUUUCUCUUUUCCAUUCAGCCUGGAGUUCUGCUGCACAGGCUAUAAUUUUAACUGCAACAUUAUAGGGAUGUAAAAACCUCUUGUCAGUAACUUACCCAUCUUACCACCCACAUGCCUUUGAGCCAUGUUGACAAACGCAGGAAAACCUCUAGAGUUGGAACUUCCAAAGCAGUAACAUUACAAUAGCCACCUGCUUUGCCUGAAAAAUUGGGAUGGAAAAUAAUGCUGCCCUUGGCUUAAUUAAGAGUGGUAGUAAAUGAAGCACUCCUGAAAUUGCUCAAGGUGCACCUACUGAUGAAAAUCCACUAAAAUGAUGCUAGUCAGGAUUCCUGUCCUAGGUAAGGUUAUUCAACUGCUGUGCAAGCUUAUUCAAGAAAGAUGCUGCAGAAUUGCUUUCAAACAGAACAGGCUGAGAAUACAUUUGUUUACAUAAUAAAACUUCCUACUUUAUUAGCAUUGUCAAUUGUUUCAACUUCGGCAUAAAUCUCUUGAUCCUACAUUUACAAAA